AUGGAGAAGAUCGUGGAUCAAGAAAUAAGGAUGAAGGCGCUAAAGAGUUCACCGCUGCAUGCGRCUCAACAUGCCUACAGAGCGGGCAGAUCUACCAGCACUGCUCUGUACCAGAUGGCCUCUGAAAUAGAGAGUUCACUGGAGCAUGGGGAGAUGAUGCUCUGCGUGUUCCUGGACAUCGAAGGUGCCUUUGAUAACACGUCCCACAAGAGUGUAGCAAGGGCACUGGAGAAAAGGAAUGUGGCGGCACCAGUGCUUAGCUGGAUAGAAGCCGUACUGCGCUCAAGGGUUGCUGAGACCACAGUAGGUGAUAGCAGUAUUCGUCUCGGCACAACAAGAGUCUGUCCACAGGGGGGUGUGUUAUCACCCCUGCUAUGGAGUCUAGUUGUGGACGAACUGCUGACACUGCUAAUGACGACAUUGUCAUUAUGGCAAGAAGGAAAUUUGAAAACACUCUUUGUGACUUGA